AUGAUUGAUAUUAGUUCAUCAUCAAAUAAAUAUCAAAUAUCACAUGAACAAAUUUUUUAUCGAAGUCAAAUUAUAUCUGAAGAAACACUUGGAAGAAUUAAAUCGAAUAUUGGUGAACUUUUAUCAAUAAAUAAUUUUUUCUUAGCAAAUAAAAAUCGACAUAAUGCAUUAUCAUUUAUUCGUCAAAAUGUUUCAUCAACUAAUUUGGUUUAUCGAGUUUUAUUUGAAAUUAAAAUUCCUUCAGACUAUAAAUUUCAAAAACAACGUCCGGUUAUUGAUGUAACUCAGUUUUCUUCUGAUGAAUAUACAACUUUAUUCUUUAUUGGUUCUAUAUUUCGAAUUAAUACAGUUAUUUUUGAUAUUAAUAAUGAUUGUUGGAUUAUAGAACUUACAUUGUAUGAUGAACGAACAAAUGAAGAUUUUUCUCAAGUAUUUGCAUUUCUUAACGAACAUCAUACUCCGAUAACUUUAGCUAAUCUUCUUCGACGAAUUUGUCCGAAUUCUGCUAAACAAUUUUAUAAACAUCUUUUAAAAGAAAAUUCUGACUCAUCUUCAAGACUUGAAUGUUAUCGUGGUCUUGGUCUAUGUUCAUAUUCAUGUGAAGAUUAUGAACAAGCAUUAAUCUAUUUUGAAAAAGCUCUUGAAAUGGAACCAGAUGAUCCAUUAAUAAAAUCAUCUUUACAUAAUUCAAUUGGUAUUGUUUAUGCUCAACAGGAUAAUAUUGAUCAAGCACAAACUCAUUUUUCUCAAGCAUUAAAAUAUAGUUCAUUACCAUUACAUAUUGCAUGUGCUCAUUAUAAUUUAGCAUUAAUUUAUGGUAAACAAUGUUUAUUUGAUGAAGAACUUGAUCAUUAUCAAGAAGCUUUUGAAAUUCGUACAAAUCAAUUACCUUCGAAUCAUUUACAAAUAGCUUCAUUAUUUAAUAAUAUUGGUAUUGCAUAUUCUAAUUUGAAUGAAUAUGAUAAAGCUUUAUCAAAUUUAAGAAAAGCUCUUGAAAUGAGACUUAAAUUAUUACCAGAAAAUCAUAUUGAUGUUGCAAGAAGUUAUGCUAAUAUUGGAGCUGUUUAUGUUAAAACUGAAGAAUUUCGAAUGGCUUUAGAAUAUUUUAAUAAAGCACAACUUUUAUUUGAGAACCAACAACCAAUACCAGAAGAGGAUAUUCAACAAAUUAAUCAAAAUAUUAAAAUUGUUAAUGAAAAACUUCAGUAA